AUGGAGCAAUCCCUGCCUUCAACCAAGGAGGCAUUCCUGCAAAUGCAACAGUUCUUCAAACCCGAUCCUGAGCGGCGGUAUACGGCCAUUCGGAUCUUCUCUAGGGGUGGUACUCACGAAGAGCAGCUCUUGGAUGAGGAGAGCCUUGCAAACUUCUUGGCGUUUGGGGUCCCAGCCAGAUCCCGCCAACCAGAGCUGCGGGAGCCUCAAUCAGAGUUGCGACUAGUCUGCGUCCCGCGAACGGCCCUGAAAGACGGCGUGUGUCAGAGUCUGAAUCCUCGAACACCUCCUAUCAAGAUCUCCAGAGGUGCCUUUGCUGGGCUCUUCGACGCCUGCUUCGAUAUCAGAGAAGACUCGACCCGGGAUAAUGGCGGUCGCUCGUUAUCCACAGAUUUCAUGGAGAUGAUCGCAAAGUCGUAUGCUGGAUUGUAUCAAGCCAUGCACUCGCUCGAUAACUCCCUUGUAACUCAUCAAUACACGCUUGUAUGGUCCUCAUCGGGAACCCCAGACAUCAAUGUCACCCGGGCUAUCUUCAUGCCGUGGCUCGCAACGUCCAACGAUCGCUCGAGGAUGACCAGCUUCCUCGACCUGGCGCGCUCGAACGUUAUGACACAUUCAGUGAAAUUCCAUCCAUCACUGGUACUUCUAUGGACCGCCGCUCUGGAUAUGAAGCUCUGCCUUGAAGAAAGAAGCGAUGCAUGCUCCGCGGACCUGACUCGCCUUCAAGGUAGUCUCCUGAGGCCCGGUGCCCAGCAUCACCCCAUCGAAGCACCACUGAACCAGUUCUGCGCGUGGGGAAGAGCUGUUGGCCAAAUAAUUUACUUCGAUAUUCCCAUGCUAAAGUCAGUUCCGAGGGCAUUAGAAGGUAAUGGUCCCAACCAGCCUGCAGCGCUCUUGAGAAGUCAGGCAGCGCAUUUGGAUAAUCGCUUCAUGAUGCUGAGAGAUGAACUGCAACGCAUGAGUACCGAUAUGACGGCUUACUGGCGGCUGGACCAUGAAGCUUGGAGUGGGAGAAGUAAUGGAGACCAGAUGCUGAGCCAUCCAUUCCAGGACCUGGGCACCCAUAGUGCCGAGUCUCGCACGGGAAGCCCUUGUAGCGAGGUUAGGUCGUAUCUUGGGGAUGUUUCCGAUGCUGAUCAAGAUCGGCCUGGCGGGUCACGUUGA